AUGGACUUGCAGCUUCCUGUGUCGAUCCUUGGCGCAGGGCCGGCUGGGUUCGCCCUCGCCGCCGAUCUCCAAAAUCACGGGAGGAGCGUGCUGGUCUACUCGCAUCCGGAGCACACGCGGCAUGCCGACGCCGUGAGGGAAAAAGGAUGUUUAAGGGUGACUGGUGUGAUGCAGGGCUCGACAAAAGUAGAAAUCACGACAGACAUAAGUGAGGUCGUUGCCUUCUCAAGAGUCCUGAUCCUGACGGUCCCGUCCACCGGACAAGAGACACUCCUCGAGGAGCUCAAGGGGUUCGACCUGCGGCUGCACACCAUCAUCGCCAUCCCGGGCAACCUCUUCUCCCUCGUGGCGGGCGCCGAGAUCGAGGUGGAAAACAUCCUCGAGACAAACAUAUCGCCCUACUCGUGCCGGAUGGAGGACGGGACCCUGCGCGUGAUGGGCCGCAAGGGCCUCGUCUCCAUCGCGGCGCUGCGCAACGACCUCGGCCCGGAGUUCUACGCGGGCAUCCAGGGCAUUUUUCCAAUGGAGCUGAGGUGGUGCAGCAGCGUCGUCGAGGUCAGCCUGUCCAACAUCAACGGCGUCUUCCACCCGCUCAUGAUGCUCAUGAACGUCGGGCGCAUCGAGAGCACCGCCGGCGAGUUCCUCAUCUACCGCGACGGGCUCACGCGGUCCGUCGCCAACGCCAUGAUCGCCGUGGACCGCGUGCGCAUCGAAGUCGGCGCGAAAUUCGGCCUGCGCCUCAAGAGCACCAUCGAGGUCUCCAACGAGUGCUACGGCCAGGGCUUCACCGACCUCGUCGACCUCGCGCAGAACUCGCCGCCGCAUAACAAGCUCAAGGCCCCGGCUGAUGUCGACAACCGGAACUUCUCGGAGGACGUCCCUGACCUGCUCGUGGCGUGGCACGCGCUCGCUGAGAAGCUCGGGAUAGAUGCGUCGCCCAUCACGGCUGUUAUCAUUCUCGUCGAGAUGGCCACCGGCAUCAAGUACAUGAGGCUGGGCCGGAACCUGCGGAAACUUCACCUGGAGGAUGUCCCGCGGGGUGAGCUCAUUGAGAGGUUCAGCCCAUGGGUAAUCCCGCAAAAUGAGGUUCGGUUGUAA